AUGUCAGCUUCUGAAGACACGGCACCGGCGCCCACUGCCAAGCCGCGGCGGAGUGUCGCCAACUACACGGAGCCGCCCAAGAAGAAUCCGUACCUGGUAAAGUUCUCUCGCUUUUACAGCACAAAGAUACCGAUGGGUGUCCGCGAGUUCGUCUUCACCGGCCCGCUGCUUCUCAUCACAUUUGGCGUCGCCUACUUUAUCCCCUCUCUCAUUCCAGCGGAGCAGUUCACACAGGGGCUGACUCCGCACAAGCAGGACAUGCGCGAGUACACUUUAGAGCCCAUCUACGGUGCCCACGGUGAGCUGAAGGGCUACCGUCGCAUCAACACCAAGAAGAGCGCGGAGGAGUGA